AUGUUAAUAUCUUUGCAUUUCAGUUUUGGGCAAACAACGAAACGAAUUAUAUCUAAAUUUUGUAAAAUUUUCACCCAUCAGCUAUUAAAAUGACCUGCAGUUAAAUAUACGAUGAUUAUAGGAACGUUGUUCUGCAAACAAAUGCGUGUUUGUUGUAAAUAAGCCAAGUGGGUGUUUCCCCUAGUGAUGAUGACAUACAUUUGCUAAAAUCGCGGAGGUUGUCGCGAGAAAACGUGAGAUAAUUACAAAAAUGGCGUCCACCCCGUUUUACUACGUGGAUAAUGUCAAAAUGUAACGAAGAAGUAUGUAACUAAUAACAAGCCCGACAUCACUUUAAAUUUGGCUAUUGCUGAUGUGUGCCAUGCCUCCCCCAUCGGUUGAGAACGUGAAGGGAUUCGUAUCCAGCAAGCCUCCACUUGUUAUUUUUAUGAUAUGUCUCGGAGGCUGCGCAGUCGUUCUUCUGACCUUGGCCUACAUUGUGAAGGUCAACGACCAACUUAUUAAUCCUGAUUUAACAAAGGAUUGGAAUAAGUUCCUGGAUAAUUUUGCUGAGCUGGAGUUUUGUAUGAUUGGAAACUCAUCAACAUAUUCUUAUGAAGUUUCACCUGGAUCUUCAAGGUUGACUGACAAAUUAAAUGUUAUCAGCAACAAGCUAGUGGGGUCGCCGACUACCACCGAGAGGUCACCACAAACUGGAGAUGAUGUUGUUAACACAUCACUGACGAUGAUGGUGGAAAUGAGGCCAACACCCCACUUUUACGGGAUCACACAGAAUGUGACAUUCCUGUCGUCCACAGUAACGGGUAGUCAAAUUGGAUUAUCAGGGCCAGCUGCUGACCUUGAGAUGAAUGUGACCAUGAACUUCCCGUUUGAUUGGAACAACACUGAGUGUUCUGGGAGCACUUGUCCUUCUGUACAUAUCCUCACAUGUAUCAACUUACAGGCCCCUGUGGCUUUUUUUCCCAGUACAAGACAAGUGGGUGCAUGCUACAAUUUUGCUAAUGAGUCAAACAAUGAAGUGCACACGAGGAUGCAGAGUUACCAGGGAAACCAGUUCACUCUCCUACCAACAAUAGCAUCACAGUGUCAAGAUACGCCGGUCAUCAAGGUCAAACACAAGGUUGACCCCAGGUUCACUAUGAUGUUGACUUUGGAGGACAGAUCUGUCAUCAAUCUCCACCUCAUGCACACAAGCUAUUUUCUGUUUGUGAUGUUCAUCACACUCUUCUGUUAUGCAAUCAUCAAGGGCCGGACAAGCAAGAUCAAAACCCACAACUACUCCGAGGUAAAUUCUUAUGCAUAAAGUGCAGAGAGGCUUGCAGAAAUUGACAGCAGUAGUUUCCUGGGUCUCCAGUGUACAACCAAUCUAUAGGUGAUCCUCGUGGACAGGGAUCAGCUUCUGUGUUACACCAACACCUAAAGUGGACAUCUACUGUGUAUGGUUUGACUGUGUUAAACCAGCACAUUAGUGUUAAAUUAAAACUUUGAUAUAAGGUGAUCCUCCUGGACAAGCACAAAUAUCUGUUACACUGACACCUUAAUAUUGACAUCAGUGUGAGGCUUGACUCCUAUGUUAAACCAUCACUUUAGUAUAGAUGGUCUCCUGGACAAGGACCAAUAUCUGUGUUACACCCACACCUAAAUGUUAACGUUUUUGUGAGG